AUGGCUGCGUUACAUAGUGUGUCCAAAACACCCGCGAUUAAGGAGGAGGAGGAGGAUGGCGCCGAGCAAGACGGCGAAGGGGUUCCUCUGGGGUCCAGGAACCAUGACUACCGUAGCAAGAAUGGGGAUGAAGAAAGUGGUGCUGACACGGUGACGUCUCCUAUCACGUUUGAAAAACAGAAGGUGGUCCCCAGAGCGUCAAUGCACUCGGAACAAAGCAUUUUGAGCAGCAUCUCGCUAAAAUCGAUGGUAAACCAACAUCGGCAGCAGCAGUUGCAGCAGGAAAGCUCAACAGGAACAGGUACUGGAUUUGUUGACAGGAAACAGCAGAUCCAGUCGCCGGCAAUGGUGUCCAUAUUGAGGAAGAAUUCUGCCGAGGAAAACGUUCGCAGUAGCCACAGUAGCAGACUCGGUGAAGGGUUCGCAGACGGCAGGAAGCUUUCUACUAGCAAGGAUAUUGGGAAGACGUUGCCAUUCACGGAUGACCAAAGGUCGAACCCCGAACUGGAUCCUACCAGUGUUGCGGCAGGUACUAGCAGGGGUACGAAAACGAAGAGUAAAGCUGUUUUUAAUGAGCUGGAGAAUGAUGCCGAUGAGGAUGACGAGGUUCGACGGAAGAAUCUAACCACACAGGCGCUACGCAAACUAUCGUCAUUCAAGAUGAAUGCUAACUCCAAUUUGCGGUUGAGCAAAGAGAACAAGGAGAAGGAAACCUCAUCAUCGUCCACGUCCUCUGUGUCCUCGUCGUCAGCGUCGAAAGCAGAAAAUAUUGUCGACAAGCUCACCACAACAAAUUCUAGUUCUAUGUCGCAACUUCGGUUCGGCAACACGAACGUGAUCAUUGAUUCAGUGAAUCAUACAGCCAGGGCGGGGCCGGUGCAGCAGCAGCAGCAGCAGCAGCAAAUGCUAAGGAAACCCUCGCUGGAAUUUUUGCCACAAUCUGGUUCGAGCUCUAAUCUAAAUUUCAAUACCAAUAAACAUAAAGCAAACGUAAGACAAAUCAAUAAUCCCAAGAAACCACUUUACAUCCCCGCCGUGCUAAGGAAAGUUUCAGAGACCAACAUAACAAAUGACGACCUAUUGAACGCAACAAUGUCGUCUUACUACAAGAAAGCGUCCAACUUGGAACAUAACUUCAAUCCAAAUGGAUCUCAGUCUGCUAGCAUUCAAAAGACAAAUAAUUUAAGAAUCAUAUCCUCUCAAUCCAGUGUACAGUCAAACACAUCGUCGAUCUUGGAAAGCUAUAAAAAUAAAGUAUCCUCGUAUUUGUUCCCAAAUUCCAUUCCGAACAGUGACAGGAUCAACUUAAUACCAACCAUCUCGAAUAGAAACUCCACCAGAGUGAAACCGCCCACCAAGGACCACUGGAUACCAGAUAGUAAGAGAAACUCGUGUCGCUACUGCCACAAGCCUUUCACUUUAUGGGAGAGGAAACAUCAUUGCAGGCACUGCGGGGAUAUCUUUUGUCAAGACCAUUUACGCCAUUGGCUGUAUCUUGAUUCGCAGGCAAACUUCAUAAUGAUUAACGAGCUGAAUAACGGUGGCGUGAAUGGCGGCGGCACCCUCUGUAAGAUAUGUGAUGACUGCCUAGUCGAAUACGAAAACCUUUCGACUGCAAAUCAUAAUUCAAACAUGAAUGACGUUAAUGGAAACAUUGAGGGCGACGAAGACGGCGGUAACGAUAAUAACAGAAAAUUACGUAAUUACUACAAGAACAGACAGAUGAACACUCUUUUUAAACAAAGAAAGAGCGGUUCAUCUCAGGAGCACACUACGGUAGAUCAAGACACGACGACGCCAAUUCAGGUGAAAUCGAACAACCAAGGGGUAGAAAACGAGAACGCCGGCGAAGAGCAAGAAGAAGGUAACGAUGUCCUGGGCAGCGUAAUCGGCUCUGUGCCUGCAAACUGGAACUGGAGUAGUUUCUGA